CGGGGGAGGGAAGAAGAAGGUUUCCCAAUCACAGCUCCCCUCACUCCAAAACAAAGUAGCAGCCGCGAUUCAGGGUUUCCGUGAGCUCCGGUGCAGGAAAAAUAUGGCGAGGGACAGUUGCUUGGCUCGAGUCGGCGCCGGUGUCGCCGUCGGCGGCGCUAUCGGUGGCGCAGUCGGUGCUGUUUAUGGGACGUACGAAGCAAUCAGAUAUAAGGUUCCAGGGCUCAUGAAAAUUAGGUACAUCGGGCAAACUACAGUGGGCAGUGCUGCCAUUUUCGGUCUGUUUCUCGGUGCUGGGAGCUUGAUACAUUGUGGAAAGUCAUACUAAGGACCUUGUUCUUGAUCCUUUUUCGGUCAGGAUCGAGGUGUAAUUUUCUGGAGUAGGAACAUAGAUGGAAAACGUACUCUCUCUCCCUCGCAUUGUCCAGCUCAUGGUUCUGUACAUUACUUGGGAUUGCAAAACCUCGAUCUUCAUGAGUUAAGACUUUCACAAAAUUCCAGUCUUGGUCAUUUUUAUAAAUAAAAGGGAUUAUUACAUCUU